GAAAGAAGGCAUUCACUUCCGGAGCUCAUCGUCACGUGACCAUCUUACUCGGCUGGCGGGCGGUGUACAGCCCUGUAAAGAUUCAUGCUGCCCAAGUAAAGCGCAUCAAAAUUGCCGUAUAUAAUUCUUUCAGCACCUUUGUAAGCCGGGAGUAGGAGAGGAGCCACAAAAAUGGCGGAUGAAGAAUACUUUGAUGGUUAUAUGGAAGAGGAGGAAGAAUGGGAUAGAGAGGGCUUACUCGACCCGGCAUGGGAAAAGCAACAGAAAAAGACUUUCACAGCAUGGUGCAACUCCCACUUGCGGAAAGCAGGAACGAAUAUAGAAAACAUAGAGGAGGACUUUCGAAAUGGUUUAAAACUUAUGUUAUUAUUAGAAGUAAUCUCCGGGGAGCAGUUACCUAAACCAGACCGAGGAAAGAUGAGAUUCCACAAAAUAGCCAAUGUGAACAAAGCUUUGGACUACAUUGCCAGCAAAGGUGUUAAGUUGGUCUCAAUAGGAGCUGAAGAAAUUGUAGAUGGAAAUGUAAAAAUGACGUUAGGUAUGAUCUGGACGAUCAUUUUAAGAUUUGCUAUUCAAGACAUUACAGUAGAAGAAAUGACAGCAAAAGAAGGUUUACUCCUCUGGUGCCAGAGGAAGACUGCCCCAUAUAGAAAUGUCAAUGUACAGAACUUCCACCUUAGCUUUAAAGAUGGUUUGGCAUUCUGUGCACUCAUACACAGGCACCGACCUGAUCUUAUUGACUACAGCAAACUAUCUAAGGACAACCCACUUCAAAACCUGAACACUGCCUUCGAUGUUGCUGAACAGCACUUAGACAUCCCUCGCAUGUUGGAUCCUGAAGAUAUGGUGAACUCCGUGAAACCAGAUGAGAGGUCUGUGAUGGCAUACGUCUCCUGCUACUACCACGCCUUUUCAGGAGCUCAGCAGGCCGAGACAGCCGCCAACCGUAUCUGCAAGGUGCUGAAGGUGAACCAGGAGAAUGAGAGACUCAUGGAAGAGUAUGAGCGUCUUGCCAGUGAUCUUCUUGAGUGGAUCAGGAAGACCCGCCCGUGGCUGGAGAACCGUGUGACAGACAACACCCUGCCCGGCACCAGACGCAAGUUGGAUGAGUUCCGUGACUACCGCCGCUUGCACAAACCGCCAAAACUUAACGAUAAAGCUCAGCUGGAAAACAGCUUUAACACCCUACAGACAAGGCUGAGGCUGAGCAACAGACCAGCCUAUAUUCCCACCGAAGGCAAAAUGGUUUCGGAUAUUGCCAAUGCCUGGAAGGGACUGGAAUCUGCAGAGAAAGGAUUUGAGGAGUGGCUCCUCUCAGAACUUCAAAGAUUAGAGCGCCUUGAUCAUUUGGCGCAGAAAUUCCGCCACAAGUGUCAAAUUCAUGAGGAAUGGUCAACCGGCAAGGAGGACAUGCUCCAGAGCAGAGACUUCAAGCAGUGCAGACUGAACGAACUCAAGGCGAUGAAGAAGAAGCAUGAGGCCUUCGAGAGUGACCUUGCUGCUCACCAGGACCGCGUGGAGCAGAUUGCAGCCAUUGCACAGGAGUUGAAUGCUCUGGAGUACCAUGAUGUGGCAUCAGUCAAUUCAAGAUGUCAGCAUAUCUGUGAUCAGUGGGACCGUCUUGGUCUGUUGACGCAGAAGAGGAGGGAAGGACUGGAUGAGGCUGAGAGGAUUCUGGAGAAGAUUGACCAGCUUCAUCUGGAGUUUGCCAAGAGAGCUGCACCAUUCAACAACUGGAUGGAUGGAGCCAAGGAAGAUCUGAUGGAUAUGUUCAUUGUGCACACAACAGAAGAAGUGCAGGGUCUGAUUGACGCCCAUGAGCAGUUCAAGGCCACUCUGGGUGAGGCAGACAAGGAGUUCCAGACGAUCAUCUCCCUGGUGCAGGAAGUGAACCGCCUGGCCCAGCAGUACAACCUGACCCCACCAGACAACCCCUACUCCACACUGCACGCUCAGGAUGAAAGUCCGAUGGAGGACAUCGCCAACAAAUGGACAGAAGUCCAGCACCUUGUGCCCGAGCGUGACUCCACCCUCCAGAACGAGAUGGCUAGGCAGCAACGUAACGAGCGCCUGCGUCGGGAGUUCGGCCAGAAGGCCAAUGUGGUGGGCCAGUGGAUCGAGACCAACCUGGAUGCCGUGGCCUCUAUUGGUCUUCAGUCCAAGAUGUCCCUUGAGGACCAACUAAAGAAGCUGAGGCAGUUUGACAAUGCUGUCCAGGCCUACAAGACUAACAUGGAUGAUCUGGAGAGAAUCAAUAUGGAAGUGCAAGAGGCCAUGAUUUUCGAGAACCGAUACACACAGUACUCCAUGGAGACUCUGCGGGUAGGAUGGGAACAGCUUCUCACAGCCAUCGCAAGAAACAGCAACGAGGUGGAGAACCAGAUCUUAACCCGCGAUUCUAAGGGCAUCAGCGCAGAACAGAUGAACGAGUUCCGUGCCUCCUUUAACCACUUCGACAAGAGUCGUAACCGCCGCCUGGAGGCUAAGGAAUUCAAGGCUUGCCUUGUCAGUCUGGGAUACAACAUCAGAGAUGAUAGACAGGGCGAGGCUGACUUCCAGAGGAUAAUGUCAAUUGUUGAUCCAAAUGGAACGAAAUUCGUCACCUUUGAUGCCUUCCUAGACUUCAUGACUCGUGAGACAGCAGACACAGAUACUGCAGAGCAGGUCAUGCAGUCCUUCAAGAUCCUUGCAGGAGACAAGCCGUACAUCACUGCUCAGAUCCUGCGCCAGGAGCUUCCCCCUGAUCAAGCUGAAUACUGUAUUCAGCGUAUGGCCCCCUACACCGGCCGUGAUGCCGUGCCUGGCGCCCUCGACUACAUGUCCUUCUCCACAGCCCUGUACGGAGAGAGCGACCUCUAGACACGUUGGUCAAGGCCAACCAGGGGACACUACUCUGAGUGUGCAGCAUAGCCAGGCAGUGGUGUGCAGUUUAGCCCACCCUAAUUUGUAUGUGAGGAGUGUCUCUGUGUGAUCAGUAUCAAUUAUACUGUAGUUGCGACUAACGCCAUCGUCCAACCGACCGACCGACCCUCUUCUGUUCUGCAUGCUCCUGGUCACUGCUGUAGGCCCCGAACUGUAGUCUCCUACCGGAGCAAGUGAGCGUGGUCGCCAGUACGUAGCCAGUAAUCAUGGGACAUAAACUUAUCUACUUCACAAAGUAGUCCCCAUGCCUUGGUCUAUGCUGCAUAUUUGACAAUGCUUCCUGGAUGAUACAUGGCUUAUAUUUUUACAAAAAGCUGAAAUUUUUACACAUCACCUUGAAUGCUAUGCAUACCCAUCUGAUAUUUUUGUGAGCAUGACUACUGAGGCAAUAUACAGGUUGAGAUGGUGUAGAGGCUUUGUUUGGCGUUCUGUGAAGCAGCCGUGUCAUGACGGUUCCGCUGUGUAUGGUAUUAAUACCAACAUAGACCUAGAUCUAGCAAGUAUUUUGUGAGUGUACGUACAUAACACUGCCAUGCCAGCGGGGGGAGGGGCAGGGAGGGUGGGGAUGGGGGUGAGUAUGUGUAUAAUAAGUCCAUCAUCACCAUAUGUACGGUUUGCUGUAAGAGUAUUUUCAAGUUUCUGGUUUCCUGUUGGACAGAUGAUUUUAUUGGCGGACUUGGCCUCCUGUCUGCCAGCCCAUCACUUUGUGGGGAUGUUGAUGUAAUAUUUUAAACAUGAGCUGUAUCUAGUUACAUAGAUAUUAUUUAAUGUUUGGUUGGCAUACUGUGCUAAAUGACUGAUUUCUCACGUUGGGACUGAGAAGUGCUUAUAUCUGGUAUGCGUGUAUUUAUCAUAACCCUGCAGAGUAACCUCGAAUACAGGUUCAGUGCAUCUAUCUGGACAUAGCUUCUUGAUGUAUUCAUAAGAUUUAUCAAAUAUAAUUCAUGUCUUUGUUUGCUCCUUCGUGAUCUUCCAAGCAUAACUCUCAUAAAAUGUGAUUUAAAAUAUUUUCUUUAUAGAUACACUUUGUAUAACACAUUGCCACAAGCCAUAUAUUUUAAAGAUGCAUUGUUGCAUAUAAGCUGGGCCAUGUCAUUAACAAGUAUAUUACUAAUCUUUAUACAGAUUUGUACAUUAAUCUACUCACUGCAAGGUGUUUACGGUAAUCAAAACAUGAGUUUCAACCUUGAUCUGUAGAUUUUGAUAUUACACCAUGAAACAGAAAUCAAAAUUUAGCACCCUGUGCUAAGACUGGUUUGAGUGGUCAGUGUAGUGUUUGGAAGGACUGCUGACCGCUGACCAGUGACAUAUCACCCCAGCUUGACAUGUAGUCUCUUUCGCGCGCUACCUUCAUGUCUACUGAUUAGAUACUGCCCAAUAAAAGUCUUACCUCUUUACCACAA